ACGAGCUAAAAAGAUGGCUGCUAGCAACUAUUUCGGUUACACACAUGGUGCCGGUCCGCAAUACAGUACCCAGCCUCCCUCGGCCUACUCCCAUCCCUCUACAGCCACCUACAGUGUCCAGCAGGCUUCAGCUGUGGCCCAUGCAGCGACUGCGUCCUACUCUCCAGCUCCAGUCCAGGCAGCCCAACCUGUGGCCUCGGCCCCCUACCCCACCUAUCAGAGCCACCAAGCACCUCCAGAUUACACCUAUAGGCAGCCAGAUCCACCACAGCCCACCACCACCCCUCAGACGUACCAGGUAUACUCGGGCACGGACAGCUAUAGCUAUGUCUGUCCUGCUGCUGUGACGACUUAUGACAACAAACAGUAUUACCAGACGAGUAUAACUCCAGCUCAGAGAACAUCCACAGAUAAUUACUACCUGGCUGUAGGAGUGAAGAGUGCUUACAACCCAGCUCCUUCCACUGUGUACAGUCAGCCUCCUCUGCCUCACAGGCAGGUGACUGCCCUGAAACCCAUAGUCCCCACCAACGCCGUGUCUACUAGCUAUAACAUUUACCCAAUGUCCACCAGUGUCCAGCAGCCUCCAACGCCCAUUUCAUCCUACACACUCGGCUCAUCGUUCAACUCCACUGUCUCAGCCUCCUCCUACUCUGGCGUUGGCUACCCUGGCUAUGAUUCUGUUGGCUACACCUCUGCAUCCACCCCAUCCUAUUACCAGCAGACUCAGCAGGCUCUCUCCCAGCCUCAGCCUCCACCUCAGCAGCCCCAUCAACCUCAGACCACUGUUCAGCCACUACACAAGCAAUUGACAAGUUCCUCUUGGAGUAACUCAGGGAGCAACAUGGUUACGGGUCCGACCAUAAACACAUAUAAAAAGCCCAUUUUUCACCAGAACAAACUGCUGAGGCCUAAAGGGCCUCCCAAGCAGACUCAGCUUCAUUACUGUGACAUUUGCAAGAUCAGCUGUGCAGGCCCUCUGACCUACCGGGAACAUAAUGAAGGCCAGAAACAUAAGAAAAAGGAAGCAGCCUUAAAGGCAGGGACACAGAGUGGGACCAACAACGGGCCCAGAGGAGUCCAGACCCAGUUACGCUGUGAGUUAUGUGAUGUAUCGUGCACUGGAGUGGACGCCUAUGCUGCACAUAUUCGUGGGGCUAAACACCAGAAGGUUGUGAAACUUCACACCAAGCUUGGAAAACCGAUACCAUCCACUGAACCAGUGCUGGUGAACAAUUCUGCUCCAGCUAUAACAGUCUCAACAGCAGGGAAACCUACAGUCCCGUCGUCCGUGUCUUCCUCAGUUUCAACCAUUUCAACCCCAGCAGUGAUGCCCAAACCAGUGGCUGCAAACACCUCGGCCAAAACUACCCCACCAAUCAAGAAAUCAGCUCCUUCCAAAAUAACGCGCAUUUCUAAUAAACCAACCAGUGCUCCAGCAACAUCAGCAGCAGCUCCGGUGACAGCUAAGGUGUUGGAGCCUGUUCAGCCAUCAGUCCAGAAGAUGGAGCCACUGAGUGAGGAUGAAAGAGGCCAGGGGGACAUUCAGCCUGUGGGACAUGAUUAUGUAGAGGAGGUUCGUAACGAGGAUGGAAAAGUGAUUCGGUUUCACUGCAAACUGUGCGAGUGCAGUUUCAAUGAUCCCAACGCUAAAGACAUGCACCUGAAGGGGAGAAGGCACAGACUGCAGUACAAGAAAAAAGUAAACCCAGAGCUCCCUGUGGAAAUUAAGCCCAGUAAUCGUGCUAAGAAGCUUCAGGAAAGCAAGUUGAAGAAACAGAAGCAGAAGGCUGUGCUGAAGAGACAGAGAGACGAUGAGCAGCGCUGGCACAUGGAGAUGAGACGGUAUGAGGAGGACUUGUACCGGAGAAAGAUGGAUGAGGAGCAGAUGUAUUGGGGGGAGCAGAGGCGGAGGGUGGUACCUCCACCUUUGAUGAGUCAUCCCGGUAUGCCUGUUCCCCCAUUACUGAGUUGUGUUCGUCGCCCCGACUCUGCCGACGACCGGCACAUCAUGGCCAAACACUCCACCAUUUACCCAGUGGAAGAGGAGCUGCAGGCUGUUCAGAGGAUCGUCUCCCAUUCUGAGAGGGCUCUUAAACUGGUGUCCGACUCACUGCUCGAGGAGACGACAACGAUGAGCGCUGCUGCUCCGGAAGGGGAUGAAAAAAUUGCUGAGAAUGCUGCCCGGCUGCUGAAAGGUGUGAUGAGGGUCGGUAUCCUGGCCAAAGGCCUGCUGCUUCGUGGGGACAGAAAUGUGGAGCUCAUCCUGCUAACGGCUAAGAAACCCACCAUCUCCUUACUGAAGAACAUCACCAAACAGCUACCAAAAGAACUGAUGACAUUUUCUGAAGAUCAGUAUGAGGUGCAGGCUCAUCCCGAGGAGGCGAACAUCGUGAUUAUUUCAAGCCAGGAGCCCAAAAUGCAGGUGACCAUUUCUCUCACCUCGCCACUGAUGAGGGAGGACCCUGCUGCUGAGAAGGACAAGCAGGCAGGAGGAAAAGCGGCUGAGAAAGAUGUGUCUGAGAAAGAUCCUCCAGACCCUUUGAAUAAGAAGAAAUGUUUGGAGUACCUGGCUGCUCUUCGUCACGCUAAAUGGUUUCAGGCUCGUGCAAACGGAUUACAGUCUUGUGUGAUCAUCAUUCGAGUGCUGAGAGAUUUGUGUCAGCGUGUUACCACCUGGGGGAGCAUGCCUUGCUGGGCGAUGGAGCUACUGGUGGAGAAGGUGAUCAGCAGCGCCAAUGGACCGCUUAGUCCAGGGGAGGCCAUGCGUCGGGUCCUGGAGUGCAUCUCCUCAGGCAUUCUGCUGCCAGACGGACCAGGUUUGAUGGACCCCUGUGAGAAAGAGCAAACUGAUGCUUUGAUGAGCAUGACUCUUCAAGCUCGGGAGGAAAUAACUGCGAGUGCGCAGCAUGCUCUGCGGCUGCUUGCUUUCCGUCAGAUCCACAAGGUCUUAGGCAUGGAGUCCCUGCCGGUGUCCAAGGCGAGCGCACGUAACCGCAAGCGUCGACGGGACGUCAGCGAGAGCGGCGAAGGAGAGGGGGAGGGCAAAAAAGACAAGAAGGAGGAAGAAGCAACCGCUUGACCACUGCCCUCACAAGCGGAAGAGUUUGCUAGGUUAUAGACUUGUAGAAUGUCACUUUCUUUUUUUUAUUAUUUUGGAAAGAACCUCAACAUGCAGCUGCACACAUCUAAAUAUAACUUUGGCUCUACAUGUUACACGUCUACUUAAAUCAUGAAUAAGGUCUCUGAGGAGUUU